AUGCGAGCGAUGCCAACCAUGAGGGACCUCAGCGCGUCACGGCGAGCUUCGGUCAACGAGCUCUGCUCGUUUGUGGGAGCGACGGAGGUGGAAAGCAUCGCUCUUCUCGGGAAGUUCAAUUGGAACGUGGCGGAGGCAGCGGAUGCCUUUUUUUCCGGGGAUGUGGACAUUGCCCAGCUUGUGGCCGCCUCGAUGCCGAUGCCGCCGGCGCCUCCGGCUGUCGACCAGCGCAAGCUGGACGCAUGGUUUGAUCGCUAUUCGGACGCGGACGAGAAGGACUCAAUCCUGGACGAUGGUAUUCAGCAGUUUUACACCGAGCUCGGCGUCGACACCCAGGACCUAGUGGUGCUGAUAAUUUCGUGGAAGAUGGAGGCGGAGGAGAUGUGCGUCUACUCGAGGCAGGAGUGGCGACGGGGUAUGUCCAAGAUGGGGGUGUCCUCCACGCGCCAGCUGCGGCAAAAGCUGAAGGAUCUGAGAGUGGUGGUGGACGACAGGCGGUCUCCUACGUUCCGAGAGUUUUACAUGUUCUGCUUCGAAUACGCCAAGGAGAGAGGGAAGAAGUCGAUCGAGCUAGACGUGUGCCUGUCCGUGUGGGAGCUCGUCCUGACUGGGCCUGAGUUCCCCCUGCUCAAGGACUUCAGCGAGUACUUGCGGGGCGCCAAGGUUCCGGUCGUGACGAAGGACAUGUGGGCUCAAACGCUUGCGUUCUUCUGCCAGGUGGACCCGGACCUCUCCAACUUCGACGAGAGUGACGCAUGGCCCGUCGUGGUGGAUGAGUUUGUGGAGGCGAAGAUGGCGCAGAAGAAGGCGAGCAAAUCGGAGACGGAGCGCCCAUAGCACCGGCGGAACCACUCUCACGGAGAAGGGACCUUAUCGGGCUCAGGAGAAGUAAUAUGAUCGGGGGUGGCGCAGUAUGAAGCAUUUUUCCUUCUCCUCCUCCUCUGCUGCUACCGCUGCUGCUGCCACCGCUACGUGGUGGGACCGCCACACGUCGGUUCUUCGUCCAGCGCGCGUGGGGCCGUCACGCGAAGGGGUGGGAGUACCAAUCUGGGGUCGUUUUUCUCAUGAGAGACGAGGGGCGGCAUCACGGAGUUGGCACGGCCUACUGCCAUAUACCCCCUCGACCAGCAUCGGUCCUGCUGCUGAUGGCGACGAUGAUCGUGGUAGGCCUUGUAGAGCGCCGCCGCUGCGCGUGCGACAGGAGUUUCCUCGAGUGGGAGGGAAUUCUCUAGGGGGCGUUGCCGCCCGCCCUGCGGCGGUUGAACGAUCGAUUGUCGUUUCCUUUCCCCUGGUGAAGGCCGGACGAGUCUGGUGAUGGCCCGUGCGUGUGGUGUGGUAGGGUUGGGAUGGGCCUUGUCUUGGCUGGGAGGGGACGGUGUGAGCGAGGGCUUCGCCAGGGUGAGAGUCCUCCGGCGGCGGGGGUUCCAGGACAGGCAAUGGGGGGGGGGGGGGGCUGAGCGCCUUCUUACCGGUCGGGGGUGGUCUCUCACAUGGUGAACUCAUUUGGAGUUGAGCUUGUUUCCACCUCACGUAGUGUGGGUUCGGGAGAUUUUGGUUUUAUUUAUAUAUCAGCGGCUUUCUAUCCACAGCAUCAGCGUGAGGGUUAAGGGGCUUGUGCUCCCUUCCUCAAAUCGAGCUUCUCGUUCUUCUUUGUCGGUGUGUGUUUAUUUUUAGUGUUUUCUCGUUUCUCCUUGCGAGGCGUACGCACGUUUUCUUCUUAUUUUUUCUUUACAUUUUUGUGUGCCUUCUUUUUUUUGUACAGUACCGUGUGUUUGUCAGGCUUGUUCGCCCCGGUGGUCUAGUUGGUAUCCUCGAAACCUUCUAGAGGUCAGGUCACGGGUUCGAACCCCGGCGCAAGCGAGCUUUUCGUGCCAAUUGAGUUUUUCUCUCGCUUCCGCUCCUGGCCUAGUGGAUAGCGCUAGUUCGCGUGUACACAGAGGGAAGAGAGUGCUGAACUCUUCUCGCAUUGAAAAUCGAAGGCAAAGUACCGCAGGAGGGGAGGGUAGAGAGGGGCUCUUCUGUGUGACCACGGGUUGGAGAAAACGGCAAUAGUGCUGUGAGCGCUGAUUUGAAGUGAAGACAAAAAUAAAAAUAAAAAAUAAAAUAUAGGGAGCUAUCUCUCUCUCCCUCUCGCCGCCACUGGUGAUUUCGCCGUGUUCUGCGUUUGUGGAGGAAUGCUGUUGGUGUCCGAAGUCGUUUGCUGAGAAGGUUUGAUAACGUAGUAGCGCAACACAUUUUUCGGUGGUUGUCUUGGUUCAAUAACUGCGUAGUACACAGGUCUUGUGUGCCAUCUGUCUUUUAGGUGUGCCGCG